GCCGGGAGCGGGCGGGAGAGGGGGCGCCGGGCCGGCGCGGGCGGGACUUGGCGGGCGUCACUUAAAUGGCGGCGCCGGCGCUGCCGGCGGUAGGAGAGAGGAUGGAGCGUGUGGUGUUGGUGACGGGCGCGAGCAGCGGCGUGGGGCUGGCGCUGUGCCGGCGGCUGCUGGAGGAGGACCGCCGCAUCCACCUGUGCGUCGCCUGCCGCAACGCGCAGAGGAGCGAGGCCACGCGCGAGAGCAUCCUGGCCGCCCACCCGACCGCGCGGGUCUCCACGGUGGAGGUGGACCUGGCCAGCCUGGCGUCCGUGCUGCGCGCCGCCCGCGACCUCCGCCGCAGGUUACAGCGCCUGGACUUCGUCUACCUCAACGCUGGCAUCUUGCCCAACACCCACAUGGACUUCAAGGCCCUCUGGCAAGGCCUCCUGACCGGGAAGGCGCUUCACAUGCUGACUACUGCAGAGGGAAUAAUGACCCAGACAGAUAGGCUUAAUGGAGAUGGCCUGCAGGAGGUGUUUGCUACCAACCUCUUUGGACACUUCAUACUGGUUCGGCAGCUUGAAUCUCUGCUCUGUGGUAAUGAACGGCCAUCCCAACUCAUCUGGACCUCUUCCAGCAGUGCCAGGGAGUCUGCCUUUAGCCUCUCUGACUAUCAGCAUGCCAAGGGACAGGAAUCAUACAGUUCCUCUAAAUACGCUACUGACCUGACAAGUGUGGUUCUAAACAAGAAACUCAAUAAGCAGGGCCUGUAUUCCAGUGUUGUUUGCCCUGGUCUUGUUAUGUCCAACCUGACCUACAGAAUUUUGCCAGUUUUUGUAUGGAAGCUACUCAUGCCCAUCAUGUGGCUGAUACGUUUUUUUGCCAAAACUUACACUCUGACACCAUAUAAUGGAGCAGAAGCUCAUGUGUGGUUGUUCAAACAAAAGCCAGAGUCCCUGGAUGCACUUGUCAAAUACCACAGCUGUACUUCUGGACUGGGAAAGAAUUAUGUGGAGCCCAGAAAGAUUUAUGUUGAUGAAGAAACUGCUGAAAAGUUUUAUGAAAAACUGUUGGAACUGGAGAAGCAAGCUCUAGAGAGAUAUGAUGAUCUCUUAGAUAACUAAGGCCAGUCUCGGGGGUAACAAACUUAUAUCAAUGAUGUGUUCUUUCUUCCUUCUGGUGUUAUCUGUGAUGCCUGCUAUUCUGCAGGCACAAGACUUCAGAACCCAUUUUCCUUCUCUACAGAAGGUGAACAAUUCUUGAAAAUGGAAAUAUAUAGUCUUUCUCUUUUUUUUUUCUGGCAUAAAACUGGAGACCUAGUGUAGGUGGAGAUUGUCUUAACACAGUUGCAAAGCAUUGUUUUAUAAAGCAUGAUUGAACUGUAUGUAGUUCAGGAACAGACUGAAAACAUGUGGUUUAAAAAUCUGCCUUGGUGCAGGAAAGGCAAUGGUCUGGGGUGCUGCUCCAAGUCCUGGCUCCACCAGUCUUUCUAGAUGGCUUGGACACAUUACCUGUGGCUAAUGCUCGAGUACUGGAAGACCUCAUCUUCAGAAGAGCUGCUUUUCCAUUUGUACACCAAAGCUGGGGCCUGCUUUCCAGACAUGCUCAAAAAGAUUGAACCUUACUGAAAGUCAGGCUCUUUAAAGUAUCUGAAGUGAAGCUCCUGGAGAGCUGAGUAGUUCUAUAAUGGAAAUAUCCCCCUUGCCUCAACUGUGCCUUGAGAGAGGUCUUGCUGUGGGAGAGGUGUGAGCUGUCCCUGGAUGUGAGGCCAUGUGUUCUAACAACAGCUGGCUGGAAAGACUGCUGAACUGUUGAUGUUAACCUGGUUUCAGAGCUGGUCUGCUCUGCUUAUAGCAAGAGUGAGAGGUCACCCUGUUUUAACUAUUGAUUUGUCUUUUUAUCUACUGUACCAAGUAUUCUUCCAGAUGUUUAUUUUGAACUUCAAGUACCUAGUGUACUUCAAGUACUGCUGCAAAUAAAUAAAUAAAUAAUUGGAACUGA